CGAAGGCCGACGACAACCAUCCGCCGACGACACAUCCCCAGACCGCAACCAUGGCCACCGAACUUACCGUCCAGUCCGAGAGGGCUUUCCAGAAGCAGCCUCACAUCUUCCUCAACUCCAAGACCAAGGUCAAGUCCGCCCGGCCGGGCAAGGGCGGUCGCCGCUACUACAAGGAUGUUGGUCUGGGUUUCAGGACGCCCAAGACUGCCAUCGAGGGCCAGUACAUCGACAAGAAGUGCCCUUUCACCGGCCUCGUGUCCAUCCGUGGCCGUAUCCUGAACGGUACCGUCAUCAGCACCAAGAUGCACCGUACCCUCGUCAUCCGCAGGGAGUACCUCCACUUCAUCCCCAAGUACGCCCGUUACGAGAAGCGCCACAAGAACCUCGCCGCGCACGUCUCCCCGGCUUUCCGUGUCGAGGAGGGCGACCACGUUACCGUCGGCCAGUGCAGGCCUCUCAGCAAGACUGUCCGCUUCAACGUUCUGAAGGUUCAGCCGCGGUCUGACAAGGCCGUCAAGUCUUUUGCCAAGUUCUAAAUUUGCAGGGUUUCUUUUACGGCAUUCAAGGCGCGGUUUAUUUUUGGGGGCUUUUCAUUUUUUCCCACAUGUUCCGGGAUGGCGGUCAAACAGGGCUGGCUGCUUACACGCACCAAAAAAAAUGAUGCGACAUAGGGGCAGCUAAAAAUGAGAACUCGUUGGUCAACCGUUGAUUAGGGAAGGCUUUGUCAGGGGACUGCGCUAGAUACCCGCACGCUCUAUGAUUUGCUGAGGAACAGAGAUAUGCCACGACUGUUACGGUACUUUAUUUGGCCAUCUAUGGAUGUGUCGACGGUGAAUUAUGAGCUUUCGGCGUUGGCAAGGGAAAAAAAAUAAAAACCAAGCCAACAGAAGGGUUAGGAGUAUAGAGCCUUGAUGAAUAUUCUGGACUCAGCAUCUGCAACCGAGGUCGUGAUUUGUAUAAGAUCCAGGUUGGUUGAGUUGCGAAGAAUAGCAGGUUUUAUUUGCUAUCCCAUCGCUUAUUCUCAACAACAUAGUAGUCUUAGCCUAAAGCGCCUUCGUAUACUUCACUCAUGUAGAAAACACAA